AUGCCCGGCCCCUUUGUCGACACGGCGGCCGUCGCGUCCCCCACGACGGCCGCCACGCCGUUCAAAGACCUCGCGGCCGUUCCCCCCGUGCGCGAGGGCCGCUCGCAGUCCCUCACGGCGCUGCCCCGCCGCGCGUCGACCGCCAGUGUGCUCACGGUCGAGAGCAGCAGCAGCAGCGCCUCUGGUUUCCAUCAGCAGCAGCAGCUACAGCAGCUGCAACGGCAACAGCGGCAGCAGUUCGAGCAGCAACAGCCCCACGCGCGUCAGACGCGACGCGCACUCAGCUCCGCCACGAGCUCGUCGCUGAGCCUCUUGCAGGAGGAACUCGGCUACCCCCGUCGGGCGCAGGUCACGGCCUAUGACGGGCCGACCUUUUCCCGGCGCAGGUCGUUGAUCUUCGACACGACAAUCGACAACGACAGCCACAGCAACAGCAACAGCAACAACAGUACCAACAGCAACAACAGUACCAACAGCAGCCGCUGCCGUCGUGUCACGCGUUGCCAACAGACCAACAACAAGUCCCCUUCUACUGCUAUUACUACUACAACUACUACUACUGCUACUCCUCCUCCUACGGCUUCAAACAGUAGCACUGUUGAUAGCAGUAGCAGUAGUAGCAGUAGAAGUAGUAGUAGGAAUAGUAGCGAUAGCGUUCGUACGACCACCGGCAGCAGCAGCCACACCACAGUCUCUAGUCGUACGCCCCACCGCUCAAGCGACGACGACGUCGUGUCGGUCCUCGACGACAGUCGUCGCCGGUCGUUCGGCGCGGCCGAUCCGACCGCCAGCGGCGACGACGACGAGAACUUUAUGGACUACCGCCGCGCGUCCGUCACGGGCUACAGCCGCGACACGGACGGCGUCGUGUACUACGAAGUGAUCGUCCAGAGCCUCGCGCACGGACCGCUGUCGGCCUACAAAGUGCGCCGGCGGUACUCGGAGUUCCGCGAUCUGCACGUGGCCCUGCGGACUGUUAUGGCCGUCGCGGCGCUCGCGCGGCUUCGAAGCGACGACCGGAGCGACGACGCCGAAGACGACGCAAUAGCGCACGAGUCGAGGGACGCGCCGCCGCUGCCGCCGCUGCCGGACAAAGGCGGCGUGUGGAGUUACCUCCAGUUCGACAGCAUUCCGCUGCUGGAGCGCCGCGCGGCGUACUUUGACGCGAUGCUGGCGGCGGCCCAGCGGCACCCGCAGGCGCGCGCGAGUCGCCUCGUGAACGACUUUGUCGGGACGCCGCCGGACCUCGUGUCGCUCCACUCGAGCGUCGAGAACAGCUACGUGAGCCUGAACCGCUUUGCGGCGCCCAAGCUGAGCUUUGCCAUCGAGAUCCAAGAGCGCAAGGAGAAGGCCGAGAGCAUUCGGCGGCGACGGAACUCGCUGCAGCGGCAGAGCUUUACGGGGUCGCUCGACGCGAGUUUCCUGAGUCCGUCGCAGUAG